CGCAACGGUCCAUUUCUCUGGUUGUGUUUGGGCGUCUAAAAGCCACUCUUCUCCUUCUUCUUCUAUAAUCUUUGCUCUUAACAACUCACAGUGAGAACCGAUCCAUAACUUGUAAAUCCAUUCGAGCCGUAUGGAGGUAGCAGUAAUCGAUUGGAAAAGCAUAGAUUCGAGAUUCGUGAAGGACGAGCUGUACGAGCACAUCAAUGCCCCCAAAUGGGUCGAUUUCUCUGCCCCGGAACGCCCCGUUGAUGAUGAGGCCUGGUUCUGCCGCCCUGGCUGUAAUCAUCCCAAGACGGCUGAAGAUUUCCUUAAUGAGAACGUCAAAACGCCUAAUUCGAGUUCGAAGCUAAAAAAAUCACGAACAGUGUCUGACGUUUCUCCGUUGGGAGAUCGAAACAAGAGGGAAGCAAUGCUGAAGAAAAGAGGUGUGGCGAAUAAUCGAAUUGUGGAAGAUGGAGAGAAUCAUGACCCUAACCUGUCGAAUUCAUUAAACCACAAAGCUAGAGGUGGAAAAGAAGGGAUCAAAUCCAGUGUGGAGAGGAAAGAAAUUCGCGACGAUAAUAUGGUAGGGAAAGAUCAAACAAGAAAGCUGAGGAGCACUCUGUCGGCGAGGAAUUUGUUUGCUGGCGGCGAUUUUCUAAGUAAAGUUGCCGAUUUUUGCAAUGAGCUUAAAAGACUGGCGGUGAGGCCGAAAGAUGGAGAUACCGAGAUUGUGGAGAAGCAGGAGAUUUUCGGAGGUCCGGAUGAAAAGGAAAGGAAGCCAUUGUUGGAGGUGAGGAGUAAAGAGAAAUGUGAAGGAGCAGUGAAGGGCCAGAGGAGGAAGAAAGUGAAAGAAGAUGAUGAUGAUGACGAACACUCCGGUCCAGCUCGAUUUGAUGAAGAUUAAGCAACAAAGAGAAGUCGGGGGAGGUCUGUCGCAGAUUCGAACUUCUCCUCCAACUCCACAAUGCUUUUCUGGCGGCGCGGGCCAUGGCUACCAGAAGCGCGUCCGGCAGAGGCCUCUGGUGCGCGAUAGCGACGAAUAUAUGAUAGAUUUAGUUUCUGUAAAUCUUGGUUGAUGUGCAUCAAUUUUAACUAUCUUCACAGGAGAGGGGAGUUUUGCAAGAAUUGAAACAGACGACGAUGACGACGAGCAAGGAAGCGGCCACGGAGGAUCACCGCCACGUCGGAAAGGCCGCCGGAAGCAGCCAUGGUGGAGAAGCAAAGCAGCCAUUGGAUGUUUUCUGGUUCCUCAAGCCUUGCACAACACUUUCAAGUUAGUUCAUCAUCAUCCGCCAUGGUUGAUCAACUUCUUUAUUGCAUAUAAAUACACAGAUAUUCUUUGAUUCGUUAUGUAGUUAUUAGUCAUUCAUUGGUUCGACAAUAAAAUAUUUUCAAUAAAUAAUGUUUAUCUGUUCCUUCUA